GGUGGAAACCAGUUGUGGUUUCGAAGUCGAGUCGAUCGGACGUAGCUAUAGUUAAUCCGCCAUGUCUUUGGCAUAUUUUAUGGGGUCAGUCAAUUUGUGGACCGCUUUACCACCGUUAAUAAUCACAUCACUGUUCUUCAGUAUCUUUGAAAGAAGCAAUCCGGAAGGACGUGUCAGUGACACAAACGAAAUCAAAAUCGAAUACGACUUUAUCGUCAUUGGAGCAGGAUCGUCCGGGGCGGUUGUGGCUAACCGGCUCACUGAGGUAGCUGACUGGAAAGUGCUAUUAUUAGAGGCUGGAGGAGAUGAAACAAUCGUAUCGGAUAUUCCAGCAACGGCCUUCUAUCUCCAGCGUACCGACAUCGACUGGCAAUACAGAACAGUGGCCCAAUCUGGGUCGUGCCUUGCUUUCAACGACAACAAGUGCAACUGGCCGCGCGGUAAAAUCCUCGGUGGCUCGUCCGUCCUCAACUACAUGUUGUACGUCAGAGGAAAUAAAAAAGAUUACGACGACUGGGAAGCUUUGGGAAACACUGGAUGGUCUUUCGACAAUGUCCUGCCUUAUUUCAUCAAGUCGGAAGAUAAUCGCAAUCCGUACUUGGCAGCCAACACGCAAUAUCACGGCACAGGAGGAUAUUUAACCGUUCAAGAACCGCCGUUUAGCACACCACUUCUUAAGGCCUUCAUACAAGGUGGCCAAGAGCUGGGCUAUGAACAUCUCGAUUGUAACGGAGCUCAACAAACAGGAUUUAUGAAGGCUCAAGGAACUAUCCGCAGAGGAUCACGAUGUUCAACGGCCAAAGCAUUCCUGCGGCCCGUUCGUGACCGUCCCAAUUUGCACAUCUCGAUGAAUUCACUUGUUCACAAGAUCAUUAUUGAUCCGAUAACUAAACAAGCCACGGCUGUCCGUUUCGAGAAGGACGGACAAAUCUACACAGUUGAAGCUAGAAAAGAAAUCGUCUUGUCAGCCGGAGCUGUCAACAGCCCGCAAUUGUUGAUGUUGAGCGGAGUAGGUCCAGCCGAUCAUCUCCAAUCGUUUGACAUUCCUGUGAUGGCCGAUCUUCCAGUAGGUGAUAAUCUUCAAGACCACAUUUCGUUGGGUGGCAUGGUUUUCACCUUCGAUAAACCUUACAGUGUAAUGGACUCGCGAUAUUUUAACAUCCCUUCGAUUUUGAAUUGGACAAUCAAUGGUGUUGGUCCGUUGACCACAUUGGGUGGGGUCGAAGGUUUGGCUUGGGUCAACACAAAAUUCGCGACGGAAAGCGAUUGGCCGGACAUUCAAUUCAUGUUUGUUGCUGGUACGCCGACUUCGGAUUUCGGUUCUAUAGUUAAAGCCAAUAACGGUGUCAGAGAUGACGUCUGGGACGCGUAUUACAAACCAGUAGAAGGAAGAGACACAUGGCAAGUCAUUCCAAAAUUACUUCGUCCCGAAUCCACAGGAACCAUCCGACUUGCAUCAGCUGAUCCUCACACUGCCCCGUUAAUCGAUCCGAAAUAUUUCGAGAAGGAACAAGAUCUCAAAGUGCUCGUAGAAGGAACGAAAAUCGCUUUGGCCCUGGGUAAAACCGAAGCUUUUCAACAAAUUGGGACCAAAUUUUACGACGCGAUCUUCCCCGGUUGUGAGCAGUUCACUCCAUGGACGGAUGAAUACUGGGGCUGCUUCAUCCGCCAUUAUUCGUCCACCAUUUAUCACGCGUCGGGCAGCUGCAAAAUGGGCCCGUCGUCGGAUAAGACGGCCGUUGUCGAUCCCACAUUAAAAGUUUACGGGAUUAAAGGAUUGCGUGUUAUCGAUUGCUCCAUCAUGCCUAAAAUCGUUUCCGGCAACACCAACGCUCCAGCGAUUAUGAUCGGGGAGAAAGGAUCGGACUUGAUUAAAGCAGACUGGCCGCUGAGCAAAAGGGAGAAUGCAACGGCUUCUCAAUUUAAACAGGCGUUGCCUAUUCACGUCGAAGAGUCAAACAUCGAAAAAGGGGAGAACUUUGUUAGCAGUUGAAACUCAAAAUCCAUUUUGAACGUUCCCAGUGCUCGCUAAAAAUUGCCCAAUCGAUCGUAUAAUUUCAUUUGUCAUUAAUUGAUAUGUGCGUCAUACCCCAUCGUGUAGAGAGAGUCCCCGGCUGGUCAAUUCAACCAAUGAUUCAUUAAAUCUUGAUUAAUGUCUUUAAUUCUCAAAGGAAGUGAUUUGUUCUUCCUAUCUUUUUAUAGUUAUCAUUAUUCUCUGGCCAUCUUUUAAUAUUCUGUUGGAAUACACGCGUUAGCAGAA